AUAGAGUAAGCAGACAGGAUUCACGGCAGUUUCAAAUUGAUACUUAUUGGAACUUUAUUCUGAGCAUGCAUAGUGAAUAGUUGUAAAACAUAAAAAAUCGAUGCUUUUUUGUAUAAUUAUUUUCUUAAGCUCAGAUACUCUAACUUGAAUUUUUUUAUGUUUAAUAUUUCAAACUUUUUGUAAAACGUAGUGAUUUGUUUUAGAGUUGGCAGAUACAUCUUUAUAUUAUAAAUUUUGUUGUUGAAAUUAUGAUUUUUAACGAAAACUUUUAAAUCGAAAGAAAUCUUUUAAACAUGGACCAUGCAACCAAAUUAAAUCUAAUUUGUAGAAUAUGCAGAGAAGAUAUAAUAAAAGAUCCAGUUGAUGUAAAUAAAUAUUCCGAAAGAAUCGAAAAUUCCUAUUAUAUAAACACCAUCAUUGACAAUAAAAAAAUUCACCCACAAAAAAUGUGUAAUAGAUGCUAUACCAAUUUAAGGUACAUUGAAAAAGGUUCAAGUUCUAGUAUUAAACCAGUUGAUUGGCCAUUACCAUGUGCAGGCAAUUGUUCUUGUUUCCCCAAAGUUGUUGGAAGAAAAGUUAAAAAAUGUAAACCUGGUCGACCAUGUAUCAUGGAACAAAAUCAGAAGAGAUGGACUAGGCCGAUCAUAAAUAACUUAAUUAGUACUAUACCAAAACCAAUAUUGCGUUUAAAUGUAAUCGAUAUUGAUCCUGUAUCAAAUCCCCGUUUAAACUUGUGCAUAUGCAAGUUAUGCAACAAUAUUAUGUAUAAGCCACUAAUAUUAAAAGAGUGUCAACACUCAUUUUGCUCAGUGUGUUUAUUCAAAGAGAUUAAAGGAAAGUUGGAAACAGAAGCUAAAUGCUUUAUUUGUGGACAAACUAUUUCUUUAAAUUCAGUUUUGAAUUCUGUUAAUUUAACACAAAUGAUAGAGCUCAUUCUUUUAGGUUGCAAUAAGAAAUACAAAUUAAAUUAUGCAGUUAAAGACAAUGAGCUUAAAAAACUACAUGAAGAAAAUUGUAUGGGUGAAAAAUUAUUGCAGACUUUUUGCAAAAAAACUCCAAGUGGACUUGAUACAACUCUUUCUGAUAUAUUUUUAUUAAAAGGAAAUGAUGCUAUUCCACGGAUUGUAGAAGAUGCUGCAUUUCAUGUUAUAAAGCAAAAGCAAAUUAACUCUGAAUCAAACAUUUUUUCUUUUACUUCUGGAGGACCAAGGCCUUUGCAAUUUACUUCCAACUCAAUGGCAUAUAAAGACAGCUCAGAUGUUAGCAAGAGGACAAUUAGGAAAAGACAUUUAGCUGUUAUAAACACUUUAAAUGUGAUUCCUGGUUUGGCCAGCACCUCACAACUUCAACAAACCUCUGCUAUUUUAAAUUCAUUUGGAGAAAAAGAUCAAAUUAAAAUAUUGAAAAUGUCGAACAUUCCUUCAUCAGUAAUAAGUGCAGUAGAAAUGGUAAGUAUGAAAGCUCAUAUGGGAAUCACCUAUUCAAACAUGAAGAUAAUUGCAAGAUGGCUCAAAACAAAUAAUAUUAAAUGUGCAUCAAACAAAAAGCAACGCAAAGUAGCUAAAUCUUGGUCUGGAGAAGAUUGGGUAGUUUGUAAUGCGCCAUUUAACUUUCCUUUAAAGGAUUCUAUUGAUUCAUUUGAAAUAAAAAAUGCUCCUUGGGGAUACAUUAAAGAUUUUCCAUCUCAUAUAAUAAACAAACUGAACCUGCUAAAAACAAAAAUUUGCUACAGCAUUCCAAUAUAAAAAAUGAUGAAAUUCACAUUUAAAUUGGUGGUGAUUAUGGUGGUGGAUCCUUUAAGAUGUGUUAUCAAACCGUGAAUGUUGAUAAGCCGAAUGCCAAGAGAAACACAAGUGUUUUUAGUAUUUUUGAAGCGAAAGAAUACAAACCCAACCUUGUUGUGGGUCUCUCAAGGUUUACACCACAAAUUAAUCAAUUGCAGUCACUGUGUUGGAA